CUCACUAUUUGUCCAGGCUAGUCUUGAACUCCUGGGCUCCAGUGGUUUUCUGCCUUGGCCUCCCAAAGUGCUGAGAUCACAGGCAUGAGCCACUAUGCCUGGCCCAGAAACUCACCUCAACAGGUUUAAGUGUAUAAUCAUAAAAUUCCUCUUAAUUUGUCACUUCUUUUGUUGGAAAGAUUUAGUCUUAUAUACAGAGUAAUGGCAUACAAUGAACUUUGAAUAAUACAGAACAGGUCAGUGUCUAUGUCCAAAAUAAGUAUUUGAGAUUUUCAUCUCCCUAAAUAAGGGCAAUAAGAUGAAAAUAUGCUCAACACUAUUAGUCAUUAGGGAAAUGCAAAGUAAAACCACAGGGAACUAACAUUACAUACUCAUUAAAAGGUAAAAAAACAUUUGACCACAGCAAGUAUGCAUGGGGAUAUACAAUAAAUGGCACCAUCAUACAUUACUGGCACAACCACUCUGGAAAACCGUUUGGCAGUUUCUUAAACAGUUAAACACACAAUGACAAACUAAUCUAUAGUGACAUAGAUGAUGGCAUAUUGCAAUUGCCACAGAUGGGGAUGGAAAGAGAGGAUGAAAAGGAGCAUAAGAAUACUUUGAGGGGUGAGGGAAAUGCUUGUUAUCUUGAUUGUGGUGAUGGUUCCAUGGGUGUGCAUAUAUAGUUUAGUAUACUUCAAUAAAAUUGCGGAGGAGAGUUAUGACAUCCUAAACUGUAUCUGUUGUUCUUUUAGGAAGCUUAAAGGAAAAAAUACUCAAAUUAUGGUAAUAAGAAUGCACUUGGAGCUCAAGACAUGAGCCAGCUUCGAGCCACAAAGUCUGGACUUACGGUGUGCGCAGUUAUCUGCAUCUUCAUUUUUUUUUAUUUAAGGAAUCCAACUCCUGCAGAACCAGAGGAGGAACCUGUCUAUCCAGAAGUAGUAGAAUGUGGCUUUUACCCAGAUGAACUGUGUUCUGCUUUAUUUGAAGGGAAAGGGGUGGCCCUCCAAAUUGCAAAAUUUUGCAAAAUCCCUCAUAAAUCCAAAAUACAUGCUCAUUUACACACACCAGGAAACUGUUCCAGGAUUUCUCAUGGGCUCCAUUUCAUAACCAGACCCCUGUCUGCAGAAGAGGGCAAUUUCUCUUUGGCAUAUAUUAUAACUAUUCAUAAGGAGCUGGCCAUGUUUGUACAGCUUCUCAGAGCUAUUUAUGUACCUCAAAAUGUUUAUUGUAUUCAUGUUGAUGAAAAGGCCCCAAAGAAGUUUAAGACUGCUGUGCAAACCUUGGUUAACUGUUUUGAAAACGUUUUUAUAUCAUCCAAGAGAGAGAAGGUGGCUUAUGCUGGCUUUACAAGACUACAGGCAGAUAUUAAUUGUAUGAAAGAUCUAGUGCAUUCCAAAUUUCAAUGGAACUAUGUCAUUAAUCUUUGUGGACAGGAUUUUCCCAUCAAAACCAACAAAGAAAUCAUACACUACAUCAGAAGCAAAUGGAAUGAUAAAAAUAUCACUCCUGGAGUAAUCCAACCACCACAUAUUAAAUCCAAGACAAGUCAAAGUCAUCUCAAAUCCAUUCCUGAAGGAAAUACCUACGCAUCUCCAAAUAACAGAUUCAAAGAUAAACCACCCCAUAACUUAACUAUUUAUUUUGGAAGUGCUUACUAUGUACUUACGAGAAAGUUUGUAGAGUUCAUACUGACUGAUAUCCGUGCAAAAGACAUGCUUCAGUGGUCCAAAGACAUCCACAGCCCAGAGCAACACUACUGGGUGACCCUGAACCGACUAAAAGAUGCUCCAGGUGCUACACCAAACGCUGGCUGGGAAGGAGAUGUUCGAGCUAUUAAAUGGAAAAGUGAGGAAGGAAAUGCUCAUGAUGGAUGUAAAGGCCACUACGUCGAAGACAUCUGUGUAUACGGACCAGGAGACCUGCCGUGGCUCAUUCAGUCGCCUUCUCUGUUUGCCAACAAAUUCAAACUCUCGACAGACCCACUUGUGGUUACCUGCUUAGAGCGGUGGCACAGACGUCAGGCACUCAGGCAGGCAGAAGUUCCUAUAGAGCCACACUGGCAUUUCCAACAGCAGAGUCAUUUCAGUAUGAGACUGCACCGCUAGGGAGUGUCUGCGUUCUUACUUGUUGACUUGAAACAGGAGAAGGUCGAACCAAAGAAAGUGGGAAAAUCAUUCCUAGAUACAAAUUAUUCCUUAAAUGAAUACAGAAACAUGCUGUUGACAAGACUUUACUAUUGAUUACAGGCCACUUUUAUAGCUGUGGGAAAGAAAUCACAAGACAAAAAACUCAGGCUACCACUGGUGACACACAGCAAUGCACUUAGAAGGCCAACUGCUUCAGUAAAAAGCUGCUGAAAACACAAAUUCUCCAAACACUUGGAUCCAGGCUCAAGCUAGAGUAAGAAUGACACAGCCUGUUUUGAAGACCCAGAUAUUAAGAACGGACAAACUAUCAGUGAAAAUGAAAUGCUUAUCUGAAACAGUCCUCACUGGCUGCAAACAAUGUAACUCUGUUCUGGCAGUCCCAGACAAAUACUGAGCAGUAUUUGUCUUUAGGUGAAACAUUUCUUUAGGUGAAAUAGAACUCAUCUGCAGUAGAAAACACACCUGGUUAAAAAGGGUGCCCUAAGUGUCUGCGGUCUUGACAUGACCUAUCAUCUCCUAGCACCUUCUGUGGGGUGGACGCAUUCCACAGCCAAGCUGUCCAGCGCUUGCCACAGCCACAGGGGCUCCUGGGCAUUAGAAAUGUGGCUAGUGCAACUACAAAAGUGAAUCUUAAUUUUUAUUUAAUUUUCUAAAAUUAAAUUACCUUUAAAUAGGCACAUGUGGCUACUGGCACCAUGCUGAACAGCACAGAUCUGAGACAUGAAUGGUCUUAAUUAUCUCUAUUCACAGAUCUAGGUCUCCUCCCUUACAAAGUCCAUGACUUUUUGUUGUUGCUGCUGCUGCUGUAGGGAAUUUUAUAUAUAGUCCUUCUCUAACAAGAGUUCAUACGGCAUCAUAUGAAACUGAAAUGCACGACUAUUAAACGGCACAACAUACAAGAGAUUUCAAAAAGGGAUUUAAAAAAGAGAACACUGGAACCAGAGGAAAGGAAAUUAAAGAAACAUAAUUCCAAUGCAAAGUGUAAGCACCUCAGUACAUGGAAGCUUCCCACGCAUAGAAAUGAAGUCAAAUCACCGUGUGUCAAUGAGAUAGCCCUGGGAAAACAUAUCGCUAGCCAGAGGGGAAAGGAAUUUGGAAGGCAGAUCCCACAAAUCAAACAUCAAGGAACCACAGAAAAUUAACACCUUUGUUUAAACAAACAUUUCUUUCUCUUGGAUAUCUAAUCCAAGAAAAGCACAUAUGGAAAAUAUUGAGACUUUCAAAAACAACACAGGAGCCCAUGACAGCACACCACUGCCUUCCUACACAUUUUUACAGGCAAACAAGGCGCUCCCAAAGGCAAUAGCUGGCUAUGCGCUGACGGGCUGUUCAUUCAGAAAGCUCAGAUCAGCCACGAUUAUGUCCCUGGUAUUUUAUAACUCAAUAGCAACUGAAUGUAAACCCCACUAAAGGAACAAUAAAAAAGCUUAUAUCAUUCAAGUUA